AUCUGGACAGAGUGGGAGAAGGACCCAUACUUUAAUUCAGACAUGACCUUCCAGCAACCAACCCAGGUGGAGAGGACGACUACCUCCGUCCAACAGUGGAGCACUGGCCUUUUCGACUGCUUUAGCGAUAUGAACACAUGUUGCUGCGCUCUCUUUUGUUUCCCUUGCAUGCAGUGUCAGACGGCCAGUAAAAACGGCUGGUGCUUCUGCAUGCCGCUCCUGGACUGCUGCUGUGUGGUUUCCUGCCUUCUCCGCUCCUCCAUUAGAGAGAAACAUGGCAUCUAUGGAGGCAGCUUCGGAGACUGCUGUGAGUUACUUUGGUGCUACCCGUGCGUGUGGUGUCAGAUGAAUCGAGAGACGAAGAUCAGGGCCAGACAGUCGGUCUGAGUGGUCACCACGCAGAUCGUGAGGUCCUAGACACAACUCUGCUUUAUCGACUAAGAAAUUAUCCCAGCUGUCUUUUUGUGCUUAUGUGUGUUUGUUGUUUGUGUUCUACUGAGGAACAGAUGAAAAAUAAGUAAUAAUGACAAAAUAAUACGCAAAAAAUGUGUUGUAUGCAAUCGCAGAUGGACACCCCAUCGGACCAACCCUAUUGGGUAGCACACACAUUCUGAAUGCCUUCGGCAGAAUUGAAAUGAGCCAUUUUAAUCUAGAUUAAUUUUAGAUUAAUUCCAAGAUUACAGUGAGAUUAA